AUGAAGCAGAAAAAAUUUAACUCCAAAAAAAGUAAUAGAACAGAUUUAUCAAAAAGAGGAGAUUCUCCUAAUAUAGGAAUUUCCAAAUCUAGAACUGCAUGUAAACGAUGUCGAUUGAAAAAAAUUAAAUGUGAUCAGGAGUUUCCUAGCUGUAAGAGGUGUGCAAAAUUAGAGGUACCAUGUGUUUCUUUGGACCCAGCCACCGGAAAGGACGUUCCAAGAUCUUACGUCUUUUUUCUGGAAGAUAGAUUGGCUGUCAUGAUGCGUGUGUUGAAAGAAUAUGGAGUAGAUCCCACGAAAAUACGAGGAAAUAUACCUGCUACAAGUGAUGAUGAACCUUUUGAUUUGAAAAAGUACAGUUCAGUUUCAUCUUUGGGAGAAGAGGGAAUAUUGCCACAUAAUGGCUUAUUGGCGGAUUAUUUGGUUCAGAAAGGGAAUUCUAUGGCAUCCUCAGCUAUAACGAGCAAGUCUAUGGCAAGCCCACAGACUAUAAAUGUACAACGCAAGGAAUUUCUGGUAAACUCAAAAAAACAAGAUGGUAGCGCUUUAUUACCCGAGACAGGCAGCCCUAUGACUUCAGAUGCAAGAGCGGAAGAGCUACGCCGAUGUAAUAAGGAGAUCAGUGCGCUGGGCACGAUGAGAGAAAGUAGUUUUAACUCUUUUUUAGGAGAUUCAUCGGGUAUUUCCUUUGCGAAAUUAGUCUUCACGGCAACUAAUUUUCGUCAAGAUUCCGGAGAUGACGUUCUGGAUGAAGAUAUUAAACAAAGGGAACAGAAAUACAAUGGAUAUGCAGAGGCUGAAAACAAUCCACACUUUGAUCCAUUGGAACUACCACCUCGACAUGCCGCUGAAGUUAUGAUAUCCAGGUUUUUUGUAGAUACUAAUUCCCAGUUACCUUUGCUGCAUAGAGAACUUUUCCUGAAAAAAUACUUUGAACCUAUUUAUGGUCCCUGGAAUCCCAAUAUUGCAUUGGCAUCUGAUCAGACAGGCAUAAAUAGCGCGUUCGAAAUUCCAAUUACCAGUGCUUUUAGUGCGCAUACUGAACCAAAAAGGGAGAACGUUACUGAGAAGAUUGACGUAUGCUCUUCCGUGGAUGUUCCAUGGUAUGACACUUGGGAGACAUCUCAAAAAGUCAACAUGCGUCCGAUAGUUGAACUACCGACAAAAUUUCACAUACCUUAUUUUUUUUUAAACAUUAUAUUUGCUAUUGGCCAUGCUACGCAGGUACUUAAGUCAGAUAUUACUACUGUCGCGACAUAUAAGAGACGCGCUACUAAAUAUAUUGCAUCUUUAUUUUCAUCUUCAGACAGGUUGGAGGCAUUGGCAGGCACUUUGCUCAUGGUAAUCUAUUCAAUAAUGAGACCUAAUGUCCCCGGUGUUUGGUAUACUAUGGGUUCUGUACUAAGACUAACGGUUGACCUAGGACUACAUUCGGAAAAAAUUAAUAAAAAUUAUGACGCCUUUACCAGAGAAAUACGCAGGCGUCUAUUUUGGUGCGUUUACUCCUUAGAUCGGCAAAUUUGCUCGUAUUUUGGUCGACCUUUUGGUAUACCUGAAGAAAGCAUCACCACCAGGUAUCCUAGCCUUUUGGACGAUUCCUUCAUCACAUUAACUAACCGAGAAAUUGACGACUACUCAGACUUACCAAGCCCAAAUCCGUCUUCAAAAGUUAUCGCAUUGGCCAUGUAUAAAAUCAGAAGAAUCCAAGCUAGUAUAGUGAGAAUACUCUACGCGCCCGGUGCAGAAUUGCCGAGGAGGUUUAUGGAUCUCGAGAGCUGGCGGAUUGAAACCUACAAUGAGCUUGAGCGUUGGUUCCAAGUGGACGUUCCCAAAAACUUUGAGAUGAUGAAUUGCAAAUUUAACAGCAUCUGGUUUGAUCUGAACUAUCAUUACUCGAAGAGCAUUCUUUAUGGACUUUCUCCAAAAUUCCCUACUUUGAAUGAUACCGCUUUUAAAAUUGUCCUGGACAGUACGAAGGGCACCAUAGACGUAUUUUACAAUCUUUGUGUCAAUAAAAAAAUUGGUUACACGUGGGUAGCAGUUCAUAACAUGUUCAUGACAGGUAUGACUUACCUUUACGUAAAUUUUUACUCAAAAAACAACAUAAAUGAUUGUCAAGAAAAAGUGUCAGAGUACACUGAAAAAGUGUUGAUAGUACUGAAGAAUCUGAUAGGUUUUUGCGAAUCUGCGAAAACCUGUUACACGAGUUACAAAAUUUUAUCAUCAGUUGUAAUAAAGUUAAAAUUUAUGCAAAUAAAUGAUGCCAAAGGGAUAUUUUCGGAUUCAAAUCCCCUAACCUCUCAGGCAAACCGCAUGUCAAGUUAUGAUAAAAAAACGAACGUACUUGGUUUUGACGACGGUACUUUUGAUAACAAGGUUUUUAAUAGAACCAAUUUUGAAGAAAAAGCACCUUUUGAUAUACCUCUAGAUGAAUUUUUUACCGAACUGGAAAAACACAGCAAUGUUUCCCAGUUUAAUACUUUAGAUGUAAGCGAAGGUAAUCAAGUGAUAAAUGAAAGUGCUUCUACAAAUACGUCUUCUGCAUUGAAUUGCCAGUCGUAUACCAAUAAUCAAGAUAUCAUGGAUAUCCUUUUCCAGGUUACUUCGGGAUCUGUAUGGGAUGAGUUUUUUGUCAGGUCUGGUAACGGAAACGAAGGCGAGUCUUCUUACGAUAUCAGUAAAGGAAAGAACUCUGAAUCCGGUGGAAUAUUUUAG